AGGAGGUCAUGGUGCUGAGGGACGCCCCAGACCCGGAGAAAGCCUCUGCUCUCCCUGACCAAGCCAUGCACCUCUGCAGGGGCGAUGAGCUGCUGGCCAGGAUGGGCCCUGAGCCCGAGGAGUAUCAGAGGCAGCUGAAGAGGAAACAGAAGAACCAGGCCGCCGCCCAGCGCAGCCGGCAGAGGCAGAUCGACAAGGCGGAUGCCCUGCACCAGCAGCACGAGUCACUGGAGAAGCACAACCAUGCCCUGCGGAAGGAGAUCCAGGCCCUGCAGGCCGAGCUGGUGUGGUGGAGCCGGACCUUGCGCCUGCAUGAGCGCCUGUGCCCGGUGCAAUGCGCCUUUCUCUCCGCCCCAGGGCGCCCUGGGCCGCACGGCUGCGUGGAGCAGCCCGAUCCCUUCCAGACCCCAGCUUCCCCGCCGCCGGCUCAGCACCUCUCUCCAGCUCUGCAGCCUCACGAUCCCCGGGGCCUCCUCGCGUCCCCUCUGCCCUCACUGUCCGUGGACCCCGCUGAGGUCCCUGCGCCUCCUGCCCAGCUGUCCCCCGGCCCUGUCCCGCCUCUCUCCACCGCUUGCUCCAGCCUGCUGGGGGCUUCCUUGGAGUUCAGCGCCCUCCUGCCCAGCCCCCCAGCCCUGACUGCCCCUCUGCAGCCCCUUGGGUGGGAACACCCCACUGGAGGGAAGCUGGGGUCCUCGCCCCACAGCCCCUUGGCUCCCUGGGGACUUCCAAGGCCGCAGAGCGGGGAGCACCUGCCGGCACCCGCCUUGUCUACAGCGAAUUGGCAAGGGCUGGGUGUGAGUCUCCGGCCCUGCCGUCUCCCGGCCUUCUCUCUGCUCUCUUCUGCUCGCGUCCACUUCUAA